AUGAGGGCUGCCUAUUGGUUGUUGUUCCUCGUUGUUCUUUCUAUUCAAAACUCUUUUCAACGGGUCGACAAAAGGAUUAUCGAUUCGGAGAAAAAAUCAGAAAUAUCCUUGAAAAAUGACGAAUUCGCGUAUUCGAAGAAAGAUUGGAACAUGAAGAAGUUACAACAAUUGUUGAAACAGGCGACGAAUUCUUCCUCGAACGCGAUCAGCCAAGUGACUGCCACGAGUCAAGGUCCCUGUACAUGCGGAGGAGGUGUUUGCGCUUGUUGCUCUAGAAUUUUACUCGACACUUGGAAACAGAAGGCGUGUGUGGAUGUGACAUACGAUCCGGAUGAAUUUAGCUUCACGGCAAAAAUUUCUAUGAAUGACAAUGUUUUGUACUCGAGAACCGUAUCUUGGAAGAAUCCUCGGCCAAUAUGUGUACCAGUGCCACGAUUUCAAUUUAUCAAAGCAUGCGUCCGUUUUUAUAACAUUUAUUUCCAAGGUAGAAAUAUUCAUACGUGCGUGAACAUGGAGGGGAAGUUUAGAGAUACCACGAUAUUUAAAGUCGGGUUAGAUUGCAUUAGAUUCGGUGCAAAUGGCUUGGCACUGGUAAAGCCAGAGGAUGGAGGUGGAUUAGGUCAAAUAGAAUUCUUGCCAGAUGAUGAUGAUGAGGAUGAGGACGAUUAUGAUUACGACGAUGACGACGACGACGACGAUGAUUUACUUGAUUUUUGA